ACUUUUUGUUGAUGACAGGGAUAAAGCCUGCGCUCCUGCUUUUCACUCAACUCAACGUCGCAGUAGCUAAUUCGCUAUUAAUAAUGACCGCUUUGAAUGCAACUUUGCAAGCAGUUGGAUUACUUUAGUUUUUGUUUUUUUUCUCUCCCUAUGUGCCACUCGACCGAAGAGACACACAAAGCUGGCAGGUCCGACCGGAGAUUCUGGAGCUUGUAAAAAAACCAAAAAAAAAAAAAAACCAAAAAAAAAAAGAGAGAGUAGUCUCUGCAGCAGCUAAGUUGCAUGCAAAAAUAACGGCGUUCAUCUGAGGCUCCGGUUCUGAUCCGCUCCCUCACAGGGGGGCAGAGUCGCUUCGGCUUCGAGGACAACGAUGACCAGGAGAAGAAACUGAGGACCAGCAGCUCAAAAAGGUCGUGACCCUGCUUUGGACGGAUGUCAACCGGCUCUGAGAUUUGCAUGGGUCGUUCUCAUCCACCAAAGAUCUCCCGCGGCAGACCGAACAAACGUCUCAACUCCAGCAGGGCUCCAGCUGUCCUCAGCCUGCCUGUGGUCUGAGGGGACUGCCAUCAAAGCUCUACAUUCUUGGUUUUGGUUCAUCACUGCGCUCCAUUAAAACUGAGCGUCCAUCAACUCUGCACAUGGAGGACUAUGACGUUCGCUCUGCCGCCAGCAUCCUGGCCUCGGUGAAGGAGCAGGAGGAGCGUUUUGAGCAGCUAACCCGAGCCCUAGAGGAGGAGCGCCGCAACGUCACCCUGCAGCUCGAGCGGGCCAAUCUGCCACCCAACCCCGCCAUCAGUCAGCCACUGGCAUGGCAGCAAGUGGUGAUGCAGGAGCAGAGCCCCAGUAACGCCACGUCCCUGGCUAUGAUGCAGGAGCCGCAGGAGCCGCAGGAGGUGGUGGAGGAGACGGUUACCAUAGAGGAGGACCCCGGCACCCCCACGUCUCACGUCUCGGUGGUCACCUCCGACGACGGAACCACGCGGCGCACAGAGACCAAGGACAUGUCAACCAAUGUGAAGGUGACUAAGAUGGUGAAGACGGUGACCACCAGAACAGUUCGGCAGGUCCCCCUGGGCCCAGACGGCCUACCUGUGCCUGAAGGCACAUCCCCUCUGAGCAACUACACCGAUUCCAUUGACCGACGAUACAUGAAGAACGGAGGCGAACGCUUCAUCACACCCCAAGCAACCUCUACCCUGACCCGCGCCUACAACAACUCCUACAACGACUCGUACGUGGAGACACCGGAGAGCCAGUACAUCCGUCACUACGGCCUCCACGACGGCUAUGUGGAUUUGACGGACAACUAUGGUAGCCUGUCGCGUGGCGUCAACUUCCGGCCACCUCGCUACCCCUACAUGCCUAACAGCUACCGUCCAGAGAACAGCUACACUCUGCCAAUUAGAAAGGACGACUAUGGCCAUGUGGCGCAGCCCCAGGUGCCCAUGGGGAGCAGCACAGUGGAUCUGAACCGCUCGCAGCCUGAGCGAUUCCAACCCGAGCCUUAUGGUUUGGAGGACGAUCGUCGCAGCUUGGGGCCCGAAGAAGAGGAGCCGUACGAGCUGGAACCCGACUACUCCACUGCCAACCGCCGAACCCUGCCGGGGACGAACCGGGGCCGCACUCAUAGGGAACCUCUCCGUGAUGUGCACAGGGUCAGAGGGUACCCAGAUGACCCCAUUGAGGCAGAGCUGAUUGAUGAGCGCCACCCUUACAUCCAUGGUAUGUAUUCAGCACCACUUGCUCAGCCCGAGAGAGGAAGCAUGGCCAGUCUGGACCGAAUGGCCGGCCGGCGUUCACCUUCCAUCGACAGCAUUCGCAAGGACCCCCGCUGGCGGGACCCCGAUCUCCCAGAGGUCAUCGCCAUGCUGGGUCACCCCAUCGACCCGGUGAAGUCCAACGCCGCCGCCUACCUGCAACACCUCUGCUACGAGAAUGACAAAAUUAAGAAGGACGUCCGCCAGCUGAAAGGGAUUCCCAUUCUGGUCAGCCUUUUGGAUCACCCCAAAUCCGAAGUGCACCGGAAAGCCUGCGGCGCACUUCGGAACAUCUCCUACGGCAAGGACAAUGAAAACAAGGUGGCCAUCAAGAACUGUGAUGGUAUUCCGGCCCUCAUCCGUCUGCUGAGGAAGACCAACGACAUGGAGGUUCGAGAACUCAUCACCGGUACCCUUUGGAAUCUGUCGUCCUACGAGCCCCUGAAGAUGGUGAUCAUCAACCACGGGCUUCAGACCAUGACCAACGAGGUCAUAAUCCCCCACUCGGGGUGGGAGCACGAACCCAACGAGGACUCCAAGCCCCGGGACGCGGAGUGGACCACCGUCUUCAAGAACACGUCCGGAUGCCUCAGAAACGUGAGCUCAGACGGGGCAGAGGCUCGGCGCAGACUGAGGGAAUGCGAAGGCCUGGUGGACGCUUUGCUGCACGCGCUGCAGUCCGCCGUAGGGAAGAAAGACAUGGACAACAAGUCCGUGGAGAACUGCGUUUGCAUCAUGAGGAACCUCUCCUAUCACGUGCACAAAGAGGUGCCUGGCGCCGAGAGAUUCCAGGACCCAUCGGCCCUACAGGCCCCCGGAUCCGCGGGGCCACAAAGAAAAAAGAAGGAUGAUGCUGGCUGCUUCGGGGGAAAGAAGGCCAAAGAGGAAUGGUUUAAUCAAGGCAGAAAGAAUGGUGAAAAUGACAAAAACUACGACACUUUGGAUCUACCUAAACGUACAGAGCCUUCCAAAGGCUUCGAGCUGCUGUACCAGCCCGAAGUGGUGAGGCUCUACCUUUCUCUGCUGACGGAGAGCCAGAACUACAAUACCCUGGAGGCGGCUGCAGGGGCUCUGCAGAACCUCAGCGCUGGACAGUGGACUUGGUCCAAUUACAUCCGAGCCACAGUGCGGAAGGAGAAAGGUCUCCCCAUCCUGGUGGAGCUGCUGCGCUCCGACUCUGACAAGGUGGUCCGAGCCGUGGCCAUCGCUCUGCGCAACCUUUCCAUCGACCGGCGCAACAAGGAUCUGAUAGGAAAUUACGCUAUGCGGGACCUCGUCAGCAACCUGCCCAGCGGCCAGCAGCGACCAGCCAAGAACCUGGAGGAGGACACCGUGGUCGCCAUCCUCAACACGAUUCACGAGAUUGUGACAGACAGCUCGGAAAAUGCUCGCUCCCUCAUCCAGGCCCAGGCCAUCGAGAAGCUGGUCGCCAUCAACAGGACCAGCCAAUCGGCUCGCGAAACAAAGGCAGCGUCGCACGUCCUGCAGACGGUGUGGAGCUACAAGGAGCUGAGGAACGCUUUGACUAAGGACGGUUGGAACAAGAGCCACUUCCAGCCCACUGUGACGGCCACACCUAAAGCUACCAAGAACGGCAAACCAGGUUAUGAUGACACCACUCUGCCACUGAUGGAGAAGAACCAAGACGGCUACUCCACCAUUGACCAGAGGGACAAAGACUGCAAAUACAAAACAGACGACGGGUCGGCGGACCUGACAGAACGGGAACCAUUAAAGAAUGACACAAAUAGGAAACACUAUAUCAGGAGUAACAGGCCUGCAGUCAGUCUGGUGGACGCUUGUGAUGUUAAACCUCAGCCUGUUGACUCCUGGGUGUAAAGUGCAUGCAUGGCUUAAGACAGCAAUAGCGCGACAUCCCCGGCUACAAGAGGAUCUCUCAUAUCACUACUGCCAUUUCACAGGAGCUCAUUUUUGGAGAGGGACUUUGUACAGAGAAGAGGAUUUCAAAAGAAUAUGGCCAUAACAGAGACUACCCAGUAGCAGUCGAGUUUUCAGAAGAAAAAAAAGAUAUAUAUACACUUCCUACUUGGUCAUAUCUACAUUCCUCGACAUCAUGUGAAUUUUCCAGUGUGGACUCUUGCUCUGAGAGUAAAUUUGAUGGAGGCUGGUGAGGGCGCGACGAGAAGAGGAGGAAAGGUAAAGCGGAAUAGAGGGAAAAAGAACGUGCAAUGAAAGGAUACGGGGAAAAGGACGCUCCUUUUUUUUCCUUUUUGGUGUGGUUUGGGGAGUUUUGGAGAAUAUGGGUUUGUUUGAUUUUGGCACGUCGUUGUGAUCAGAGUUGGGGAAAGAGAGCAGAGAGAAACAAAAGGAGAUAACCGAGCCUGAGAGGAGCCGUAGCAUUGUAGAGGAAAAGAGUAAAGAGUCUGUCCUCAUGAACUAAGAAAAAGAAAAAAAAAUCCAUCUGGGUUCACUGUGUGUUUAUAUAUAUAUAUAUAUAUAUAUAUAUAUACAUAUAUAUAUAUAUACAAAAAAACGACAAAAAACUGCUUUUACUUCGGUAUUGUGCGUCGGGUGAUCAGAUUCAAACUGAUUCAUCAGAUUCAGGUGAUAUAUUUGUAGUCAAGAACCUGCAAGUUGGGAUCUGGGGAGAGACAAGUGACAUUCUGAGCAAGACUGGAGUUUCAUCCUUCACACGGAAAGCUCAAACGGUUCCAAAACCAAAUCGGAGGAGAGUCUCUUUCGUCCUGUACGAGCUUCACGGCUUCGCUCACGCAGCCGCCAUUUCUCGUGUGACACUCUCAGGUUGUGUAGCGGUGUGUUGUGUAUCGAAGAGGACUCAAGGCAUUAUGUUUAUAAAUGGAUUUGUGUUUCUGAGGAGAAGCAGACUGUAAAAAAAAAAAAAAAAAAACAAUAAUGAGGAUUCGUCUAAAAUCAUUUAUGUUGGAUUUUAUAUAAAUGUAUAUUAGAGUCAGACAAAAAAAAAGGAAAAAUUGUGAUUUAAAAAAAAAAAUCUGAUUUCUUACCUGUAUAUUAAUAUCACUUUGUUUGGAAAGCACAUUUCAUUUGAUGAAGGCUCACUGUUGUUUGUAAUCAAAAAAUAACUCUCUUGCAUAACUUAAAGGUGUGUCAAAGCAUCGUCGAGCCACACCGGUGUUCACCUAUUUAUAUUUUGUAUUUGUGGGAAAAGGGUCACAGGAAGGAAAAUGAAUCUGGAUCCAUGUUCUGUGGCAGCUCCUGUGUCUUCAAAACAGGAACAAGAGAUGAUUUUUAAUUUUUAGAAAAAGUACAUAUAUAUAUAUCUUCCUCAUGCGUUUGUACGUGAUUCGAUUGCCACCAACUCACCUAAUCUGCUGCAUCUUUAAGGAAAUGAUCCAGUUGUGAGCAUGAAUAUGUUUGUAUUCUAUUCUUUUCUUUUCCAAGUGCCAGUUCUUCUUUUCUUCGUGGAGUCAUUUGGGUGUUACUUAAUCCGCUCGUGCAGGAAGAUGGCUGGAGACGAGAAGGACAGCGCUCUAAAUUAAAGAUGGGGUCUUAUAGUAUAUAUAUAUAUAUUUUUUACAGUCGAGUUGCAGAAUCGUCGUUGCCAUUGCAGAGAAAUCGAACCCCGUCUGGUUUUCAUGCGUCUCUCACUCAAGGCGAACGGCAUGUGCCUGCGUUCAAGUCCGAGUUAAUUUUUGAUUCCUUUUCUUUUUCUUUUUUUUUUGUUUGUGACGUAUGUGACUUUGUAAAGCUUGCAUAUUCUACAGUGUUUACAAAGGUGUACGUUGUGGUAAAGAAAAAAAAAAAAAUCAAUGGAAUUUUAAAAAAGCAUCGUUCCUGUAUGUUAAAACCCAGACUUCUAGAAGGAAAAAAAUGUCGUCAUGACCCGAACAACCCCUCCUGUGUGUCGUCAGACGUGCGUGCUUUCAUCGGACGAAGUCCCACGUCGACCGUCUCCUCCUUCUCGAAUGCACUACCACAACCAAAGGAUCGGGAGUUGUGCUCAUCGUUUCUGAAGUAAUAAAGGGCUCUCAGUUGUGUGAAUGUGCAGCCCGCCUCCAACAGUUGUACAUUCGCAGAACGCAGAGCCACGCGUCUGUGCCGUUAAAAUCCACGAACGCAAAUACACACACGCGCAGAAUCAAGACAAACCUACCUGUGUAGAUUCAGCCGAUUCAAGACCGUGAAACUAAAGUAACUGAGUAGCAGAUGUGUUUGUACCUAUCAUGUGCCUUAAUCUUUUCCAUGCUAGAUAAAGAGAACUGUGUUUUAUAUAAGUCCCAUUCCACAAAUUCCCUUUCCUUUCCCCAACCCCUAGUGUCAGACUCCUUACCCUCCCUGACCCCCGCCAUUCAGCUCAUCAAUCCAUCCAUCCAUCCAGACCCCUCUACCCCAACUUCCACCUCACUGUCCCCCUCCUAAGUAGUUUAGACUGUUGGCGGGUUGCUGCCUUGAUUUACAUUGUAAUAUAAACUUUUAAUGAGGUAGAGAGCAUUUGACAAAUGGGUUUGAUUUCCUAGAGAAGUAAAGCCGUCGGCGCUUUCGUAGUGAGCAGGAGCGAUGCCACAGAGACAGAAUGUAAUAUGUUAAUUUUACUAAUACCCAGAGGCAAAUAUUACGCUUGUUAAACAUAAUGGAAAAAUACUGGUUUGUAGAGUAUAAAUUUGGUGUGUUUUCAAUAAAUCAUGCCUGGAAAUUAA